AGUCAACAUUCAACAUUGAGAAGUGUAACAAGUUAAAAAUUACAAUCUACUUUAAUCUUUUUUCGUCGCAGAAUAAUUUUACGGGUCACAAAUUGACCAUGAAAACGAUUACGUUUGUUAUUUUUCUAUUUUCGAUAAGUUUUGCUGCAGCAGGGAGAAGUUCUUCGAGAUCAUCUUAUGGUUGGUCAUCGAGACCAUCACCAUCUUCGAGCUGGUCAAGACCGUCUCCGUCUCCAUCUUCAAGCUGGUCAAGACCUUCUCCAUCUUAUGGUUGGGCAUCAAACCCCUCUCCAUCUCCAAGCUGGUCGAAACCGUCUCCAUCGCCAAGCUGGUCGAAACCUUCUCCAUCACCUUCUUCCAUUGGUUGGAAUCUUUCACCAUCAUCAAUUUCUAAACCAUCCCCAAGCUCAAACAUUGGAUGGAAUUUUGGUAACACUGGCUCAUCGUCAAUAUCGAAACCUUCUCCAAGCUCAAACACUGGAUGGAAUUUUGGUAACACCGGAUCGUCAAUAUCGAAACCAUCUCCCAGUUCAAACAUUGGAUGGAAUUUUGGCAACACUGGCUCAUCGUCAAUAUCGAAACCUUCUCCAAGUUCAAACACUGGAUGGAAUUUUGGUAACACCGGAUCUUCAAUAUCCAGGCCCCCUUCAAGUGGAAGUUCAAGCUUUGGAAAUAUUCGAUCUCCUUCUCCAUUUCCUUCAGCACCACCUUCUUAUCCAGGACUUUCCAGUAAACCAGCUUCCAAUUUUCCACCAACUUACUCCCCAAGCUUGCAUUAUCCACCGUCUUAUAAUUCUUAUCCAUCUCAUAAUCCUGGAAUUACAUUCCACAAUCCAGGCACCAACGUGAGAUUUACUCCUUCUUAUAAUAAACGUCCAAGCUAUCAUCGCACAACGUACAGCCCUAGUUAUAGAACACCUUCGAUAUAUGCACACAAUAACUAUCCUAACCACAAUUACUACAAUUCUUAUCCAAAUUAUGGAUCUUCUUUUGGAUCAAAUGGACUUCCGGGAAAUACUUACAUUUAUAAUAAUUAUUAUGGGUCACGGAGUAGCGGUGGAUCGCCUUUCUUAACGAAUGCUUUGUUUUAUGGAGCUGGAAUGCAUCAUGGAUAUACGUGGGGAAAUCAUAAUUCGAAUCAUCGACGAUCAUGGUACGAUGAAGAUGACAGAAGAUGGAGAGCGACGACUAAAGCUCCUUAUUUCGAAAAUAAAGUUCCAGGAUCGGACAGCAUUCUUCCAGCUGCAGCUGUCGUGGGUGCUGCAACUGCUUUUGGAUUAGUCUCACUGUUGCCAUUAAAUGUGCCAGCUGAGAAGCCUUUGCUGUAUUGCAAUACGACUGAACUUUAUCAAACACAAAUAAAACUUGAAGAUGUCACCUAUUUUUGCAUGAAUAAAACUGUCAUGAUUUCAUGUCCAAAGACUUUGGAGAAUUUAACAAUUGUUGAUGAGUGCAUAAAAGGAAAUAUGGGAUUAGAGAAUUCAACUUUGCUAAACGCUUCUUUAGUUCAACAAUCAAACGAAAAUAUUUAUACGACAAAUGGAACAUUAUUCAGUCGAUAUCCAGUGGUUUGUAACUCAACAACACUCUUAAAUGGAACGAAUCUUAACGAAACAACGACAAUUUUAAAUUGCUACGAAGGUGAAAUAAAUGCUAAGUUGGCUUCAUUCAUUCCAACAACCACAACUGAAGCACCAGUGACAACAACCACUGAGAAGUCACUUUCGAUUCCUUCAAGAAUUCACGUUUUCUUCAUGAAGAUGAUUGGAAGAGGGGACGCUCUUGAGAAGAUUACAACAACUACAUUGCCCCCUCCAACGACUACCGAUGAUCCUCGACUUGCUUUGAAGGAGAACGAUACAAUUUGGGCUCCUGAAGCAAUGACCUCUGGGCCCAUAACCUGUUUUUUCUCUAAUAAGGAAAACGAUCAAAAGAUUGUUUUGAUUAAAGAGAAAACUGAAAUCAAUAAUAGCAUUACUGAGAUAAUAUAUGUUCUAACAGAAACCACAUCAACAACCAGCUCCGAAUUUUUAAAAAAAGAUAUGAAAAAUUCUCUUGAAACUUUGCCAAAUGCCACUAAAGUGGGAACAUUAGACGAGUUCAGGAAUCGAACACAACACAACAAAACUGAUGAAUUGAAUUCUGAUGUGAAUUUUCCUUUAGCAGAAUUGCUGACAAAUACAGAAAAUAUUCAAGAAUUUUCAAAUGUUACUCGUUUUGUUAAUGAGACAUUAACAGAGAUUAAUCAUCAUUUGAGAGUUAACUUCGAAUGUAAAGGAAGCAGAGCUGGAUUAUUGCUGCAUGUUGGAAGUUUUGGAAGAUCUCGACCGUCAAUGUCUUCAGGAUGGUACCAAUCAUCAGCAGGUUAUAAAUCUUCAGCUUCAGAAAGCAAAGCAGGGACGAAUAUAAAUGGAUGGAAUGGUGGAAGUGGCACCGUUCGUCCACUCCCAGCUUAUCCUGGAAUAGCGAAUCGAGUUCCGAAAACAGUUUUCACAAGUCCACCUGCUCAACCAGAUUACGCAAACAAAAAACUAACUAAUCGAAUAGUUCGUCCACGAUUAAACUAUGGAUCAACAUUCGGAUCAAAUGGACUUCUUCGUAAUACUUACAUUUACAAUAAUUAUUACGGAUCACGAAGUGCGGGUGGAUCGCCUUUCUUAACGAACGCUUUGUUUUAUGGAGCUAGAAUGAAUUAUGGAAGCCACAACUCUAAUCGUCAACGAACCUGGUAUGACGAAGACGACAAAAAGUGGAGAGCGACAACCAAAGCUCCUUACUUUGAUAAUAAAGUUCCGGGAUCUCAAAGUUACUUGCCAGCAGCUGCUGUCGUUGGUGCUGCAACUGCUUUUGGACUAGUUUCGUUACUUCCUCUUAAUGUGCCAGCAUUUAAACCUCUCAUGUAUUGCAACACAACUGAAAUUGUCCAAUCGCCAAUCAUGAUUGAAGACAAAAUUUAUUCUUGUUUCAACAAAAUGAUUUCAAUCACAAAUGCUUCUAAUGUUGAGAAGUCAGUUGUCACUGGAAAAGGUUUGAUUGAAACAGCUUUGGAAUGUGACAUGGAAAAAUCGAACGAGAAAAUAUUUUGUACAAACAAAACUUUGAUCAGUCGAUCUCCAAUGGUUUGCAAUUCCACAAAAACGCUCAACAUCACAAAUAUCAAUGAAACGAUGAAAAUUCUGAAGUGUUAUGAAGGUGAAAUUGAUUCCAUGCAUGCUUCUUUCAUUCCUACAACAGCAGCACCUCCUUCUGGAAAAAAUAAAAGAAAAGAAUUUUCUCUUCCGGAAAAACUUCAAAUUUUAUUCAUGAAGCUGAUUGGAGAUGAAAAUAAUUUGGAGAGUGAAUCAAAAAUGAAUUCAAAUGAAAAGAUGGGCAACUCUUGGAUCCCUGAAGCUCUCACGAUACCACCAGAAAAAUCCACUGCAAAGCCAACCAAAGAAGGUGAGUUUGUUCUUAUGAAGCGAAUUAGACAUACGUACACGAAUGGGACAAGAGUUGACACCCUCGUUAAAGUUGAUGAAGAGGAAGAGGCGACUUAUUAUGAAAUGGAAGCAUUGUACAAAGAUUCAAACUGGGGAUCGUGGUAUGUUAAAGUUCCUUUGGCAGAUAUAACAACCAAACCAUCUACAGUGUAG